AUGUGCUCUCUAAUGUGGCUCAUAAUUCGAAAGAGCAACAGUUCGCUCCUCGAAUCAGCAAUGAAGCACAACAAAGAGCUAAUUACACAUGACGACCACACUUACAACAAGGACGCCAAUAUCGACAAUGAAGCAAUAUCAAACAAAAGAUUGGGCCUCUCAAUAGAACUAAGCUCAAAGCCCUCCCUUUCAGGAACUGCUAGUCUGAUCCUGAUGUUUCGGAUUCGGUACAGCCCGGCUAUGAAACCCGCAUACCAUGAGACAAUCGAGGAAAAAUUACUUUUGUUUACCAAUUUAGUACCUGAUUCCACGAAGGAUCCCCGAAUUGCAACAGAUCCAAGACUAGAACGAAGCGGAAAGUUUGCACUUAUGCGCAAGUGGCUCUCCAAAAUCCCAUCGCCUGGUCCCGAGUCACCUAAAUUUCUGCCAACUCGUCUGCUCCAUGUACUCGGGCCUGAUAGGCUUGAGCUAAUCCACACCGCGGAGCAUUUCCCACUGACAUGGGGUUUUAAUCGAAGGGCGGUGCGAUAUGUAGCGCUUAGCCACAAAUGGGGAGCGUCUCAACAUUUUACGACCACGGUUUCGACCAUGAGUGAAAGAUGCUCUGGCAUCUCGAUCAGGAAAGACUUACCGGCAACCUUUCGCGACGCGGUCGAGGUUGUCAGCCAACUUGGAUAUUCCUAUUUGUGGAUCGACGCAUUGUGCAUCAUCCAAGACGACGAGCAAGACUGGGCAAAGGAAUCAGGCAAAAUGGCCGAUGUCUACGGGAACGCACACUUCACAAUUGCCGUCCACUGCGCAAGGGACGACACGGAAGGCUUCCUCGAUAGGUCAAUGGCGAAAAGGACAGCGGUGGAAUUCCAAGGACCUGAUUCAACAUACUACAUCUGCCGGCCAGCCAAUCUUGAAGCCGACGUCACAGACAGUCAGCUCUGCAGGCGAGGUUGGGUACUUCAAGAACGUUUCCUCGCAUCGAACACCAUCCACUUCACUGAAGGCCAGAUCUACUUGGAAACGAUGCACGGGACUGAAGCAGAGGACGGUCCACUGAGCCACCACCGGCCACUGAUGUCCGACACCGCCAACCGGCUGGAGAGAAGCGGAGCCCGCACGAUCUUAAGGGUCAAAAACGCGCCCGUUGCACCACGACGCAAGUUCUUUGCUCCCUCCGCGGCCCCCGAACUGUGCCAACUGCUUCGAGUACCAAGUCAAAAGUAUGGCACACCCACGACAGACAACACCUUCUUAAGGACAGAAACACCGGCAGACUGGCUCGACCUAAUAACCAUGUACUCGAACUGCAGCCUCACCAAAGAAAAAGACAAACUCAUAGCCCUCUCCGGAAUGGCGCAGCGAAUACACGAAAAAACAGGCGCAACGUACUGCGCGGGGCUCUGGCACGACCGCAUAAGCGAAGGGCUGCUCUGGCUCCGGGAAAGCACACCCCUCAGCACGCCCUCCUCUCCACGAGCGCCCUCCUGGUCCUGGGCAGCAUACGACGGGCCGAUCCAAUUUGCGACAGACGAGCGCUCGCUCAGCAAAACCAGCGACCCAUUCGGGAUCACGGGGCCAGGCCGCCAACACCGCUGGACGCAGCCCAGCUCGCCACCCCCAUUCUCGCCCGCAGAGCCGCACCACCGCCCCAGCGCGUCCAGAUGCCUAACAACGAAGUGCGAAUUCAUCAAAGUGCGCGACCCUUUCGACCUCGAUGGGAAAGACCAGCACGCCUGGCUCAGCGGCCCCGGCCACCUCGAACUCCGCCUCGAAACGACUGCGCUUGAGAGCGUGCAGCUCUCUACUUCGACGACCGAGAUUGGCCCCGGUCCCCGCCGCAACAUCCCCUGGAACCUGAAGAGCCGGCUGCCGGUGCUGAAGCCCAAGCGCUUCGUGCCUGUGCGGACGCUGGCGCUCCGGCGUGAGGGAGGUGAGAGAGCCGAGACCGUCGUGGGCUGGGUAUCGCUCGAUAUGGAAGAUGGGGUUGGACUGUGGGACGCGAGGGCUGGGAGUAGGCGUUUACAUGGGUUUUGCUUUGCGAGUAUAUGUUUCUACCAACGGGCAAGAGAGGGCAUCUUCCUCGUCCGGGUCAACGAGAGCCCGGACCUGUACCGCCGCAUUGGAUACGGAGAGGUGCUUGAUGACUCUCCGGCGUCGCGUUGGAGACUGAAGAAUAUCAGCUUAGUCUAG